AUGACCUCUACCAUCACCGAGCAAGCCAUUUUCAAAAUGGGAAGCGCUGGCGCUUCUCCUCCAAUUCCCGGCAUCUGCACCUGCAACACACCAAACACCUACCUCACACCCAUAAUUGGCUGUGUAGGGCUGGAAGAUCGCCCUGCGCAUUGGUCUUGUCCGUCCUGCGCGCCUCCCUCCAACAAGCGCAAGUCAGAUGACUCUGACGACGACAUGCCGCGCAAGAGGCGCAAGAUGGCUGAGCUUGUGGCGUUUGCCGCCGACGUUCCCCUUGCGGUCGUCGAGCAGCUACUCGCUGAGGAGCCUGGCGCCGACAACGACGCAGAGAGUGAGGAGGUUGAGGAGGCUGGUGACGAUGUAGUCGCCGGGCUUCCUGCUGUUGGUGCCAGCGGUGACACACCAAUCCUGGUUGCCGACGACGAGGAUGGUUCCGCCUCUGCUUCUGAGGAGGGUUUCGAGGAUGGCGGCGACAAUGAGCCGGAGCCGGAGUCAAGCCACUACUGUAUCCGAGGAUGUCGGCGUGAGACUGGUCGGAUGGUGGGGUGUGAUGGGGAGGAUUGCGCGGGCGAGUGGUUCCACUUUGACUGCAUCGGGAUGACGUCGAAGACAGUUCCGGAGGGAGAGUGGUUUUGCGAUGAUUGUGCUGGGGAGUGA